GACUUUUUUCUGCUCUUCAGAAUACCCUCAUCAAUCUCCAUCAACCAACAACAUCGGCUUUAAAAAUCCUAACUUCACAAAUAAGAAGACAUGGGAGCCAGCAGACAGAAGAAGGCGGAAUACUUCCCCAAGCUCAAGGGCUUGCUCGAGGAGUACCGCUCUGUUUUCCUCGUCACAGUCGACAAUGUCAGCUCGCAGCAGAUGCACGAGAUCCGACAGUCUCUCCGUGGAGAGGCUGUCGUUCUGAUGGGAAAGAACACCAUGGUUCGUCGUGCCCUCAGGACCUUCAUUUCCGAUACCCCCGAGUACGAGCGUCUCCUUCCCCACGUCAGGGGCAACAUCGGCUUUGUCUUCACCAACGGUGACCUCAAGACUAUCCGUGACAAGAUCUUGUCCAACAAGGUCGCUGCCCCUGCUCGUGCUGGUGCCGUUGCGCCGGCUGACGUCUGGGUCCCCGCUGGCAACACUGGUAUGGAACCCGGCAAGACCUCUUUCUUCCAGGCUCUCGGUGUCCCUACCAAGAUUGCCCGUGGUACCAUCGAAAUUACCACCGACUUGAAGCUCGUUGAGUCUGGUAGCAAGGUCGGUCCCUCCGAGGCCACCCUGCUCAACAUGCUCAACAUCUCCCCCUUCACCUACGGUUUGGGCAUCUCGCAGGUUUACGACCAGGGCAACACCUUCCCUCCCAGCGUUCUCGACAUUGGCGAGGACCAGCUUCUCAAGACUUUCACUAGCACGAUCACUACUAUCGCUGCUCUGUCGCUCGCCUUGAACUUCCCCACCCUGCCCUCCGUCAUCCACUCUCUAGUCAACAGCUACAAGAAGGUCCUCGCCGUCGCCGUCGAGACCGACUACAGCUGGCCCGAGAUCGAGCAGCUCAAGGACCGCAUCGCCAACCCCGAUGCUUAUGCCUCUGCUGCCCCGGCCGCUGCUGCCGAGACUUCGGGAACUGCCGCCGCCGCCGAGGAGGAGAAGAAGAAGGACGAGUCCGAGGAGGAAUCUGGUGAUGAGGGUUUCGGUGGUCUCUUUGACUAAACUUCAUGAUAUGAUCGCGGUGUUAACGGAUUGGCAUCAAACUGGGCUUCGGUUGGGUUUGCAAGAUCUAGGCGUGCGAAAAUCGACGGUACAUAGGUCUAUAACGGUCAAUUGAGACGCGUUGCAGAAGAAUCAGAUAUGUCUGCCUAUUUGUGAUAUGAUGGUUGGUUGCAUUGCCGCGUGCAAAGCUUUGCUUCCUCUUGAAUGAAAUGCAGACUACCUACCCUUCCUAAAUCGUAAAAUUACAUGGC